AUGGUUCCAAGUGUGGCAAAUAGAGAUGAAGACAAAGCGAUAGCGUCAGAUACAGGGAGUGAUUCAGAUGACUCCGCUCCAGACAUUGAAGAUACCAAAGAACAGGGAGAUGCUAAAUCUUCUCAACUAGCCGACGAAUUGUUAAGUCGUUGCAAACAGUCGCGUAGUGAGAAGAAAGGAGUGUGCCGCGUCACUAUUCGGAAGGCAAAAAGCAUUAUGUUUGUCAUAAGUCGCGCUGAGGUUUACAAGUCGUCAGCCUCUGACACGUACAUAAUAUUCGGUGAGGCCAAAGUAGAGGACAUUUCUGCCCAAGCCCAAAUUGCAGCGGCGGAAAAGCUGCGCAGUCAGGCUAUGGGAGGAACAGAUCUAGGGACCUCAGGUAGCUUGUCGAAGGACGUAGUGUCAUCAGUUUCCAAGAAUGCAAUUGCCGAAGAGUCUGAAGAUGAGGAAGAACCUGAUGCCACUGGUUUGGGUGAGAAGGAUAUAGAACUUAUCAUGCAACAAGCGGGAGUAUCAAGAAGCAAGGCUAUUCGGGCAUUACGUGAAAAUAACAAUGAUAUGGUCAAUGCAAUUAUGUCGCUAACUGGUUAA